CAGGAAGAGAUUGUUCAUGUAAUUGGCAGACACAGGAGCCCCUGCAUGCAGGAUAGGAGCCACAUGCCUUACACAGAUGCUGUAGUACAUGAGAUCCAGAGAUACAUUGACCUUGUCCCCACCGGUGUGCCCCAUGCAGUGACCACUGAUAUUAAGUUCAGAAACUACCUUAUCCCUAAGGGCACAAUCGUAAUAACAUUACUCACUUCUGUGCUGCACGAUGACAAAGAAUUCCCUAAUCCCAAGAUCUUUGACCCUGGCCACUUUCUGGAUGAGAAUGGCAACUUUAAGAAAAGUGACUACUUCAUGCCUUUCUCAGCAGGAAAACGAAUUUGUGCAGGAGAGGGACUUGCCCGCAUGGAGUUAUUUUUAUUUCUAACCACAAUUUUACAGAACUUUAACCUGAUAUCUGUUGCUGAUUUAAAGAACCUCAAUACUACUUCAGCUACCAGAGGGAUUAUUUCUCUGCCACCCUCGUACAGGAUCUGCUUCAUUCCUGUCUGA